ACGUCAUGAGUGAAGGCGAGAGUGCGCAUAAAGGCAGCGACAUUCUGAGCCUCGAGACCCAUUGAAACUAAAGUUUCUUGCCUUUAAGAGUGCAGCAAUGGCGAUUUUCACCUGGUUCCUCUGUUUUUGCUUUGCCCUGGGAGUUAAAACAGGAGGAAGUGCUGCAGCCUGCGAUGAGGGCUGGGACCAGCAUGAAUCAAAGUGCUACAAAUUCAUCGCAAAUCCAGUAACAUGGUCUGACGCUGAGCUGAGCUGUUUGAAUUCUGGAGGCAAUCUUGCUUCGGUGCACACCUUUGAGGAGUACACCUUCUUGCAGAAAAUAGUCCAAGCAACUGCUGGGAAAAUGGCUGAAGCUUGGAUCGGAGCGCAAGACGCUACACAGGAGAAUGUGUGGCUCUGGAGCGAUGGGUCCAGGUUUGACUACACUUACUGGGCUCCUCGGCAGCCGGACAAUGCCGGCGGGAUUGAAGAUUGUGUGCAGAUGAAUGCACAAGCUACACAUCAAUGGAAUGAUUUGCCGUGUUCUCGGGAGCUUCCCUAUCUGUGUGAGAAAGACUUGUGAAACAGCCCAAAGCUCUCAAAAUGUCUCUCGGUGCAUUAAAAUCUGAUUCCAUUCCAAAAUCAAGCAAACCUCUCAGGCAAAAACAAAUCAGCUUUUGCCUAGAUUAAAGAGGCUUAAUAAAAACCAAAGCAAACCUUUUA